UUUUAAUAUGUCUAUAAAUGCUGAGAAUGAGCAUUUUACGUCAUCUAAUCUUUUUGAACAUUAUGACUUUUCUUUAAUUCAAAACAACAAUUCUUUAAUUAAUAGAGAAGGAACAAAUAUUGAAGAUUUGUUAAAUAUAUGCCUUUGUGUUGUACUUCUUCGGCAUAAAUAUUUGCACAGAGCUAGUUUUGUUUUAAUGUUAAGUCUAGCUUUGGCUGAUGUUCUUCAUGGUUUAGUAACUACUUGCUUCUUUUACCCUCCAAUUCUUUUGCGUCAAAGCCCUGUGCCUUCAAUUGGUGUUAAAUUAUUUAAUAUACUUGAUUGGACUGCUUGGAGUAUAACACUUACACAUAUGUCUGCAAUCUGUUUAGAUAGAUUACUUGCUAUUAUGAUGUAUAGUCGUUAUAAUCAAUUUAUUACUGUUGAUAGAGCUCGAAAAUUCACUAUAUUUUGUUGGACUGCCUUUUUUGCUUUAAACAUUUCUUAUAUUCUUGCCCAAUUUUGUUGUUUAAUUACUCCCUUACGUGAAAUUCAUUUUUAUACUUUUGGUUAUGGAGAAUUUGAAUCUGAAGCCAAAUUAAGAGAAUCCCCUUUUGGAGGUGCCAAUCUAUUUAAAUUAACAUAUACACCUAUAGAAUUAUUUACAUUAACUAUUUUAUCUAUUUCAAAUCCAAUAACACUUAUACAAUUAUAUAGAAGACAUAAAAGGAAAAUGGCGCUUAGAAUACAACGAGCGCCACCAAUGGGUCUAGGUGAUGCUAUGUUAAGAAGGGCAAGUACAAUGCUUCUUGAAGUCUCUAUGAGAAUGGGUUCAAAACAUAUAAAUAACAAUGAAGUACAUCAUGUUGCUUCAAGACGUGCCAAUCGUCAACAACAAAGAAUUCUUUUACAGGCAGAAUUUUUUAAAUUUAAAAUAAAUUGGAGGAAAAUUUUUUUUUUAUUUUUAGAUUUCUGUUGUCGCCAUAAUCUUUUAUCUUUAUAUGUUCGCUUAUUAUUUACUUUAUCAUGUGCUCAAUGUUUCCAAUAAAUGG